AUAGUGUAGUAGUGGGGAAUAUUCGAUCGAAACAAUGCAGUGCAGGAGCGCUUGGUAACCGCUUUGGUGAUCGACGCAUGGAUUGUUAGAAGUGCAAGGGCAAUGGCAGUGGUUACCCACUGUGAUAUCCCUUCCUCCAACCGUCUUCCCCCGUGUGUCAUGUUGUCGCGUCGAACACUACACUCUAGUUCAGGGAAACCACACAUACAGAAAGAAAAAAAAACAGUGACAGAAUGAUUAUGUUGCCUGGACUCGGCGCUGAAGAGCAAGAAGAAGGUCAGGAUGCUGAGCAGCUUGGCAAACUACUUACUCGGGAGUAAUAUCACCUCCACGCAAGAUUCACGGGAUGGGUCCAAUAACGAAACCCCGGAGUCCCUUCCAGUAAUGGCGAGGCUCAAUCAGGUGGAGGUUGAGGGCGAUGACUGGAUCCUCAUUGACCGUGAAGUUGAGGGCGCGACCGCGCUGGAGGAGUCGUGGUAUGUAACGCCACCCGCAUGUUUCACACGGGCCAGCCCCGUGAACGUUGAAACAUCACCCCUGGAGGACCUGCUGAUCGAGCAUCCAAGCAUGUCCGUUUACCGAGCGACAGCGUCUCCGGUCGCCCCCGACACUCCACCGCCCACACCGGACGCGCCCGAAGAACGGGACGUCGAGGACGACGUUCUGCACCCUCCCGUGUCCACCGUGCCCGUUGUCGUCUCACUGGAACGUAGAGCCCCAAGAAGAACCGAGGACGACCAAGCUGUCCGCAGACCCGCGAUCCACGACGGUAGACCCGCUGUCGGUCGUGUCACCGCUGAGAAGAGGAUAACCCAGCUUCGAUCGGCCCAGAAGGUUCUCGAGAAGAGGUCUACCCAGUCGCUGAAGCGAGGUCGCCUGGAGAGGAGCAACAAGCUCCGGGAGGUGUUCAGUGUGAAAGGCAGGCGGCCCCGCCGUCAGGACCGUCUGCGUGUCCAGAACAGUGGCGCGAACAACAACCGGAAAUGCUAGUCAUUCGAUCUCAGGCCAAGGUGUACUCAAGUACCUUCUUCCUAAAGCAGAGAAAAAAAAGCAAGCUGAAAAGCAACAAAAAAAGAAACAUAAGAAGAUAACCCACGAAACAGGACACACACGCAAAAAGAAAGGAAAGAACUAAACGGGACAGGCGAGGAGCAACCAACCAAGAACCAACGCGGAACUAAUCAGUUUUAAUCCCUUGUCGCGUUCAUGCUCCAAGCGCGUCGACAGUGUAUCGUCCAUCGAUAUAAUGACAAGAGUGUCACGUAGAGGUAUACGUGAUACCAGCAACGACAGGACGGGUUUUCGCCAAGAUGUACCCAUCAGCCCCCUCGGCGAUACUCUCGGCGAUCUCAUCGCUGCUCAAACGCCCGACCGUCUUUAAUCGAGCCGCUGCCUAGCUCGCAGAACGUUUCGAGAACUUAUUUUUAUUUACUCUCGACACACACACACACACAGAGCUGAAACGCAACUGUCCCUUAUAUAUCUCUCACUCUCUCAAUCCUCGUGCAUCCAAAGGACACGAGAUAUAAGGACCUUACGCAAUUUGGGAGCCGUACCAAAGCACGGAUGACAUCCGAAGUCUCUUGAAACUUGGCACGAGUCGGCCCACGGUCUAUUUACAGAUCGAGAAGAGAGAUGGCGGGAGCAUAAGUCUCGCUAUCCGUUGCGGCGGGAACACAUUGCCGCCUCGGGAAGAAAAAUGGAAGAAAACGGGGUUCGGUACCGCGAUGAGGCUCGGUUUAGGGUAUGCCGGAGGGCUGUUGGGGACACGUUUAUGGUACUCUCUUUAAUCGCGUGUAUAUUUUUAGCCACUAGUUAGUAUGGGCAAAUGUGUUUCUACUCAUACUCGUUAACGUUAGUUUUAUUUAAGACGUUUACCCCCACCCUACGCCCUUCUCUCGUAGCGAAGAUAAGUUAGCGUAACUAACGGUUCCCUAUCACUCCCCCCCCCUCCCCCGUGUCACAAGACAUCACAUUCGCUUUGUUUGAUCCGUUUUAUUUCGCGACGAAAAGAAACUUUUCGGGGCUGGUUCACUGAGAAAAACACGUUUAAACGUAGACAUGUCGCAGGCCAGAAAUUCAAUUCGGGACCACGGCUUUUGGGGCUCGUUAUCCUGAUCGAUUCGCGAUUAGACUCUUUCGUGACGUAGCUAAUGAUUAAUUUUGGCGGAUAGCAGAGAAUCUGUUUUUAAACACACGCCCGUGGCGUCGAUAGCUAAUCCCCUGGUCACUGGAUGAUUGUGCAGAAAUUUCCUUUUUUCUUCAACCCCUAGCCUUGGAAUCUAACCCGUAGUCAGCACGAAUGUCUACAUUAUAGAGACGUCAUGUCGAAAGUAAUUAAAUAAAAAUUAUGUUACUUCCAUAAGCACAUUAACAUAAAGGAUAUUCCUCACUACUGUAGUCUCUGGGAAUUUCAAGAGGGCAUUCCAAUUCAAGGGGUU